GCCGGGUCGGAGCUCCGGAGCCCCCCCCCCCCACGUCUCCUCCACUCGCCUCUGCCCGGGUCCCUGCGCUCUGCCCCGGACUCACAGCUCAGCUCGGUCCGGUCCCGGUCCCGGAGGAGACAUGUCCCUGGAGAAGAGCGACCCCCCCCCCGAGCUGCUGGAGAGCGUGCGAGAGGCCGUGGGUCGGAGGGUGAAGCUGACCCUGAGGCGCAAGGUCCAGCUGGAGGUCAAAGGUGACAAGGUGGAGAGCAGAGUGCUGGCCUUGGCGUCUCACAGAGCCUACCUGCUGACGGCUCGCCUCCCGUCCAAGGUUGAACAGUCGUUCAGUUACCUGGAUAUUCAGGGGAUCAGCAGCAACAAGCCCACUCAGCUGGUGCUGGAGCACGAGCGCGGCCCCUGGAGUCUCCGGCUGAACUCGGUGGACGAGGUGGACGAGGUCAUCGCUCACAUCGGCAGCUGUCUUCACCGGAUCUGUCCCACGGGUUCUCCUGUGAAGGUGAUGAGGAAGCUGAGCCUGAAGCCUCCGGAGCGGACGGCGGCGCUGCAGGCCGUGUGGGACGAGCAGGGCGCCGCCGAGCUCGGACCCUGCGGUGGCUUCUCUCAUCAGUACUGGUGUGUGUGUGAUAACCUGGGGCUGCCGUACAGGGAGGAGGUGCAAUGGGACGUGGACACCAUCUACCUCACCCAGGACACCAGAGAACUCAACCUGCAGGACUUUGUUCACCUGGAAAACAGGGAUCUGGUGGCCAUCAUCGCAGCUCUGGAGUUCAACCAGUGGUUCACCAAACUCUCCACCAAGGACCACAAACUGUCGACAGACGUGUGCGAUCAGAUCCUCCGGGUCGUGGCCCGGUCCAGUCGCCUGGAGGAGCUGGUUCUGGACAACGCUGGACUCAGGAGUGACUUUGCUCAGAAGCUGGCCGGCGCCCUGUCACAGAACCCCGCCUCCACGCUGCACACACUCAACCUGAGCAACAACUCGCUGGAGGACAAAGGGGCUGCUGCUCUGAGCUCUCAGCUGGCCAAGCUGCCGAUGGGCCUGAAGCAGCUGAACCUCAGCAGGACGUCCAUGUCUCCUAAAGGAGUGAACGUCCUGUGUCAGUCUCUGUGUGUGAACCCGGCCGUCGCCACCAGCCUCACUCACCUCGACCUGUCGGGCAACUCGCUGCGAGGCGACGACCUCCAGAACCUGCACAGUUUCCUGAGUCACUCCAACUGUCUGGAGACUCUGGAUCUGUCCAACAGCGACUGCUCUCUGGAGCAGGUGUGUUCCUCUUUGCUUCGAGGAUCUUUGAAGCAUCUUUCCGUCCUGAACAUGUCAAAGACCGUCUUCUCUCACAGGAAGUGUAAAGAAAUCCCUCCGUCCUUCAAGCAGUUCUUCAGCGGCUCCCAGGCUCUGAGCUCCGUCAGCCUGUCGGGAACCCGGCUGCCGCUGGAGGCUCUGAAGUCCUUGCUGCUCGGCCUCGGCUGUAACCCGAGCCUCAGCGACGUGUCUCUGGACCUCAGCUGCUGUGAGCUGCGUUCAGGAGGCUCUCAGAUCCUGGAGGGCUGCAUCGCUGAGAUCCCCAACAUCUCCACUUUGGACAUUUCUGACAACGGUCUGGACAUGGAUCUCAUCACCCUGCUGGUGUGGCUCGCCAAGAACCGCUCCGUCAGAACCCUCUCACUGGGCAAGAACUUCCACAACAUCAAGUCCAAGAACGUGGCUCCGGUCCUGGACAACCUGGUCCACAUGAUUCAGGAGGAGGAUUCACCGCUGACCUCGCUGUCCUUGGCGGACUCCCGGCUGAAGGGCGACCUGUCCAUCGUCCUCAACGCUCUGGGCAGCAACACGUCUCUGACCCGGCUGGACAUCAGUGGGAACGCCAUGGGGGACAUGGGCGCCAAGAUGCUGGCGAAGGCUCUGCAGAUCAACACCAAACUCAGGACGAUCGUGUGGGACAGAAACAACGUGAGUUCUCAGGGACUCCAGGACGUCGCUGCCGCUCUGGAGAAGAACUACACCAUCCGCUUCAUGCCUGUUCCCAUCAUGGACGCUGCUCAGGCGCUGAAGGCGAACCCGGAGAAGACGGAGGACGCCUUAUUAAAGAUGGAACAGUAUCUGCUGAGGAACCACGAGACUCGUAAAUACCUUCAGGAGCAGGCGUACCGGCUGCAGCAGGGCAUCGUCACCACCACCACCCAGCAGAUGAUGGACAUGAUGUGCGUGAAGGUGCAGGACCACGUCAACUCUCUGAAGUUCACGGAGAGCAGCGCGGUCCAGGAGGACAUGAAGGUGGCGGAGAACCUGAUGAAGGACGCCAGGAACUCCAAGACGCUCCUCCCCAACCUGUACCACCUGACGAGCGGGGGGGGCCGGGGCGCCUGCGUCGGAGCCAUUCAGGACAAACUGGAGUCGAUGGCGGGCGAGGUGGCGAGGGUGAUGGACGAGCAGCUGCAGACGAUGCUGGCCUCCAUGGUGGACGCUGCUGAGGGCCUGUGUCCUCACGUGAUGAAGAGGAGCAGCCUGGGUCAGGAGCUGCUGAAGGCCGGCGCCGGGAGGACGAGCAUCCCUCGCAGCUUCAUCACCACCACGCUGCUGGAGCAGUCCGGCGUGGACAUCAUCAACAAGAUCAGUGAGGUGAAGCUCAGCUUGGCGUCCUGUCUGUCCGAUCGCAUCGUGGACGAGAUCCUGGAGUCUCUGUCCCGGUCCCAGCACACUCUGGCCGACCACCUGACCAGGAAGGAUCCGCCUCUGCUGCGUCACGCGCCUCAGACCGAGGCCGAGGUCCUGGACGAGACGGUUCUGCAGCCGGAGAACCAGAACCAGAACCUGAACCAGAACCUGAACCAGAACCAGAACCAGAACCAGGACCAGGAGCAGGAACACAAACCACAGAGGAAGCUGCAGGAUAUGGACACAUGCAUGAUGACGAAGAGGAAGAGUAUUCUGGUGAGGAUGCUGCGUCCCGUCUCCGUGGCGUUCGAGAUGGAGUUUGAUCUGGACAAAGCUCUGCAGGAGGUUCCCAUCCAUGUUGAGGACCUUCCUCCUCCUCCUCCUUCUUCGCCGUUACCCGACAGGAUGUCAGCGUACUUCAGAGACCUCCCUCCCCCCCCGAGGGCGGCGGACACUAAGCCCCUCCCCCUGCUGCCGGUGGAGCACCAGCUGCUGGAGCAUCGCACGAAGCUCCGCCCCAAACCCAAGAAGAGGACGAAGCCCAGUCGCCCUCGUCGACCGGCCGCCGGCGGCUCGGCGCCACAGGACGGCGAGCAGAACGGCAUCAUGGGAAAGCUGGACGAGGGCCUGGACGACUUCUUCUCCAAGAAAGUCAUCAGACUCAGCUUCAAACUUCCGUCCGUCAAAGGGUCGACGCCGAACCCGCAGGAAGCGACGGAAAAGAAACGCGAGUCGAGGAAGAGCGGCUUCUUCAACCUCAUCAAGUCCCGGACGUCCCGCUCGGAGAAGAGCCACGGAGCCGCCGCCGCCGCCAUCACGCCUCCUCAGCCCGGGACCUCCAGCACGGCCGCACCCUCCUCCUCUGUCAGCCCCGUGACUGAGGAGCCGACGCCCACAUCCCCUGAGCUCCACAGGGCGCCGGCCGUGAACCAAUCAGAUCCAGAGACGGAGGUCUGUCCGCCCGCUGCUGAGGAGGAGAAGCAGGAGGAGGAGGAGGAAGAGGAGGAGGAGGAGGAGGAGGAGGAGGAGAAGAAGGAGCACCCCCACAAACCUCGUCAUAUUGGCGUUCCGGUGAUGGGCGGAGACCUGAUGGCUGAGAUGAAGGCCCGGCAGGAGAGGAUGGCGGUGAAGAAGACCGAGUCCUCGUCCUCUCAGGACAAAGUGGACGCAGACCUCCACCCCCCCGUCCCGGCAGAGGAGGAGGAGUCCCGACCGGAGCCCCCCCCCAGGUCCAAACCGCCGAGCGUCAGCCCCAGACCGCCUCCGUGCCAGACCGCCAAACCCCCGCCGGGUCCGACCAGUCCCACCAGUCCCACCGCCCCCCCGCCUGGCGACGCCGCUGAGGCUCCGGCAGCCAGAGCGCCACUUCCUGCUCCUCGCCUGAAGAGGGCGCCGUCGGAGCAGGAGCGAGAGAGCGUGAGCAGCAGCUCUGCAGGACGCCGGUCGCCAGCGGACGCAGCCGACUUUUCCGGAGACGCUGAUGAUGCCUUUGACCCCGGUGCAGGGGCGGAGUCUGGUGCAGGGGCGGAGUCUGAUGCAGGGGCGGAGCCUGGUGCCGGCGGCGGCAGGCAGUGGUCGUCUCUGAGGAGUUCAGCCCCUCCUCCUUCCGACAGGGAGGCGGACCGAGAGCGCACCAAGUCCCUCCCCGCUAAUGCCGCGCCCCCGUCGCUGGUCGACACAGAUCUGAGUCCGGCCGAGGACGAGAGUGAAACGGGCGAUCUCAAGUCUGACGGCCAAUCAGAGGACGAGUCCGGGGACGAGUCUCCGUCCGUCUGACGCCAGCGAGACGUUUGGAUCCAACGUGUCAGGACAAGCUCCUGAACUCAGAAGAGUUCCCUGACCUGGGAUCAGCCGGGUUUCACCAGCGUCUCCAACAGGAUCAUUCAGAGGAGAACACCUGGUUUUUAUCUGAGGCUGCUUGGAAACAACUUCUCCAUCUUCUCCAUCUUCUCCAUCUUCUCCACGGGACAGAGAACUCUUCACAAAUUCAAAAAAUGUCACAUCAAGAGCAGAAGCUAGAAACAGAAACAAAAAUUAUGUCUCAAAAUAUGUCAAAAACCAAAGAGACGAUGAAACUGAUUCAAACUGAAACAACAGACGAAUGUUAUUUUUUUGGUCUUAAUGUGGUUUAAUGUGAAUCGACUGUUAACGACCUGUUCAAACCUGCCGAGGGUUUCAUUUCAUUUAAAGGAAACAGAUUUAAGUUUAAUUUGAUGAAAUAUGAUGAAAGACUCGGCUGCGAGUUGAGAUUCUUCAGCGUUUAUUUAAAACUUUCCUCUUGUUCAUGACUAGAAAAUAUUUCAGGUCAGUUUGUGUGGAUGAUAUAAUUUUAAUGACACUGUAAAACAAACUUAUCCUUUCUUACACAUUAUUCACCACAUUUCAGUUUAUGUUGUUAGGUCUUGAAAUGAGAGAAGUCACAGAUUCAACUGAUCAGUUAAAAAGACUUAGUUAGCAGUUAUUAAAAACCAGAUUUUAUCUCCAAUAUUCAGCAGGAAACUUUAAAACGUGAAGAAUUCUGAACUUAGUUUUGUGGAUUUGUUACAGCAGCAGCUCCUCUGGGUCAGGAAGCAGAGGAUCAUGGGUAAUAUCCAGAGCAGCACAUUGACAGACUUUAUUCUGCACAUGAAACCACUUCCAGUAAAGAAAAUAGUGACAUGACUCCAAAUAUAUUAAAUAUGUAUAGUGAUAUAAACAAGCCUUAGAGGUAAUCCCCACAUGUGGCUGCAGGGGGCGCUGUUGCGUUACAGUGUGUUGCUUUAAACCUCAGGAGUCGACAACAAGUCGUGAACAUGUGUUUCCAUCGGCGACAUCAUGACCACGAUAAACCAGAGGGUCGCUGCCCCGCCCACUGAGGAGUCCCUUCAACCAAUGAGAUCUUUCCAGAUGUUCUUUAAAGAUCCGUCUUCUCCUGUGAUGUCACGUGUCACCGCUGCUGAGUCGUCACAUUCCGACGUCUGCGUCCCGAUGUAAAUAUACGAACUAACGUAGAAAUGUUUUUUAAUCAGAGUCACGUACACGAACUCUGGGGUUUUACUGUCACUGCAGCAGAAAUAUGAUUUAUUGUUUUCAUGUAAGAGACUUGGUGGUGGUUUUCUUUAUACUGGGGAAAUAUUUUUGAAAUAUUGUGCUUUAAAAAAAAAAAGAUAUGUUAUAUUGUUUAUAUGUGAGUGGACCUUCACACCUGGAAACAUCUGUAUUUGUAUGUUUAUAUGAAUAAAUCCUGUUUCUCA